AUGACAGACCUAACCUGUAUACAUCAAUUGGCCGACGCACCGCAUACUGUUCUGAUGGGCGGCGAUCAAAUGAAAAUCAUUCAGUUCGAUCUGGAAACCCAAAAAGAAGCACGAAUCGUGCAUCUGAAACAGAGCAAUUGUUUGGCGUUACGCUCCAAUCAGAAAUUCUUAUUCAGCUCAGAUUCCGAUGGAAAUAUAACAUUACGACAUUUGACAACAAUAGACGCCAUUUCAGCGUUACAAGCACAUCAAGGCGCUAUCGCAGAUUUUGAUGUUUGUGGAAAUAAACUGAUCACUUGCGGUUAUUCACCGAGGUAG